CAGCUGUGCCUCCGCAGUGAGUGACGGGGCUGCGAGCCGGCGCAGUGCGGAGGUCACUGGCUGACUAGUGCCGCACGGUCGUCGCUUUCCUUAGCGUUGGUCCGGGAGAAGGAAAGAUGGUGCUGGAUCUGGAUUUGUUUCGGGUGGAUAAAGGAGGAGACCCAGCUCUUAUCCGAGAGACGCAGGAAAAGCGCUUCAAGGACCCGAGACUAGUGGACCAGCUGGUGAAGGCGGACAGCGAGUGGCGACGAUGCAGAUUUCGGGCAGACAACUUGAACAAGCUGAAGAACCUAUGCAGCAAGACAAUUGGAGAAAAGAUGAAGCAAAAGGAACCAGUGGAAGAUGAUGAGUCCAUUCCCGAGAACGUGCUGAACCUCGAUGACCUCACAGCAGAGACUUUAACUAGCCUGAAAGUCUCUCAAAUCAAAAAAGUCCGACUCCUUAUCGAUGAAGCCAUCCUGAAGUGUGAUGCCGAGCGGAUCAAGCUGGAAUCAGAGCGGUUUGAGAACCUCCGUGAGAUCGGGAACCUUCUGCAUCCCUCUGUGCCCAUCAGUAAUGAUGAGGAUGCAGACAACAAAGUAGAGAGGAUGUGGGGUGAUUGUACUGUUAGGAAGAAGUACUCUCAUGUGGACCUGGUGGUGAUGGUCGAUGGCUUUGAAGGUGAAAAGGGAGCCGUGGUUGCUGGGAGUCGAGGGUAUUUCCUGAAGGGGCCCCUGGUGUUCCUGGAACAGGCACUCAUCCAGUAUGCCCUUCGCACCUUGGCAAGUCGGGGCUACAUUCCCAUAUAUACUCCUUUUUUCAUGAGGAAGGAGGUCAUGCAAGAAGUAGCACAGCUCAGCCAGUUUGAUGAAGAACUUUAUAAGGUGAUUGGCAAAGGCAGUGAGAAGUCUGAUGACAACUCCUAUGAUGAGAAAUACCUGAUUGCCACCUCAGAACAGCCCAUUGCUGCUCUCCACCGGGACGAGUGGCUGCGUCCGGAGGAUCUGCCCAUCAAGUAUGCCGGCGUGUCCACCUGCUUUCGCCAGGAGGUGGGCUCCCAUGGCCGUGACACCCGUGGCAUCUUUCGAGUCCAUCAGUUUGAGAAGAUCGAACAGUUUGUCUACUCAUCACCACAUGACAACAAGUCAUGGGAGAUGUUUGACGAGAUGAUUGGCACCGCAGAGGAGUUCUACCAGUCUUUGGGAAUUCCUUACCACAUUGUGAAUAUUGUCUCAGGUUCUUUGAAUCAUGCUGCCAGUAAGAAGCUCGACCUGGAGGCCUGGUUUCCGGGCUCUGGAGCCUUCCGAGAGUUGGUCUCCUGUUCUAACUGCACGGACUAUCAGGCUCGCCGGCUGCGAAUCCGAUACGGGCAGACCAGGAAGAUGAUGGACAAGGUGGAGUUUGUUCAUAUGCUCAAUGCUACAAUGUGCGCCACUACUCGCACCAUCUGCGCCAUCCUGGAGAACUACCAGACAGAGAAGGGCAUCACUGUGCCUGAGAAAUUGAAGGAGUUCAUGCCGCCAGGUCUCCAAGAACUGAUCCCCUUUGUGAAGCCUGCGCCCAUUGACCAGGAGCCAUCAAAGAAGCAGAAGAAGCAGCAUGAGGGCAGCAAAAAUAAAAUGGCAGCAGGAGAGGUCGCCCUGGAAAACCAGCUGCAGAACAUGGCGGUCACGGAUGCCUGAACAUUCCUUCCGCCCAGCUCUCCAGGCCUCAUUCUGUCUGCUGGGAUCUCAGAGCCUGCCCAAGGGCAGGGAAGCCAAGUACCUGCUCAUCACCCUGCCCUACCUGACUGCAUAGCCAAAGGGAACAGCCCACUAAGUUCAGCAUAGAUGUCCCCAUCUCUUUGCUUGAGCAUACGAUUUAAUCACUGAGGACCGAUGAAACCAUGUAAUAAAGCAUCUCUGGAGAAGG